UCCUCUUUCUCAACAAAAUGUACAAUUUUCCUUUUACAUUAUCAAAACCAUAUCAUGGACUUAAAAUCAUCAGCAAUGUCCCAUGCUGCUGCAACCAUUGUUAUAUUUGGAUUACUAUUCCUACAAGCGGCAGAAUGUAGAAACGUGAAGAAGAUUAAGGAUGGGGUUACGUACUCCGCCAUCAAAUGCCGGAAGCACAGUGCUCUUUUGACUGAUUUCGGUGCCGUUGGCGAUGGAAAAACAUUAAACACAAAGGCGUUCAAAGCUGCAGUUGAUCAUCUAAGCAAGUCCGCAUCGAAAGCUGGAGCACAGCUCAUUGUGCCUCCCGGGAAAUGGCUUACCGGGAGCUUCAACCUCACUAGCCAUUUUACCCUUUUCCUCCAUAAGGAUGCUAUAAUUCUUGGGACUCAGGAUGAGUCAGAGUGGCCUAUUCUUCCGGUACUGCCUUCAUAUGGGAGAGGUAGAGAUGCCCCCGAUGGAAGGUUUAGCAGUCUCAUCUUUGGAACAAACCUAACCGACGUUAUAAUUACUGGUAACAAUGGCACCAUCGAUGGCCAAGGUGCUCCUUGGUGGGACAAGUUCCACAAGGGUCUUUUGAAUGUGACUCGUCCAUACUUGAUUGAGAUUAUGUACUCUAAUCACAUCCAAAUCUCUAAUCUCACUCUGAUCAAUUCUCCAUCUUGGCAUGUCCACCCCAUUUACAGCAGCCAUAUAACAAUCCAAGGGAUUACUAUCCUUGCACCAGUUGACGUUCCUAACACAGAUGGGAUUAACCCAGACUCGUGUUCACAACUUCGAAUCGAAGACUGUUACAUAGUAUCCGGGGAUGACUGCAUUGCAGUGAAGAGUGGAUGGGAUCAGUAUGGAAUCAAAGUUGGAAUGCCGACAGAGCAUGUUGUGAUCAGGAGGCUCACCUGCAUUUCACCUAAAAGUGCUACCGUUGCCCUAGGCAGUGAAAUGUCCGGAGGAAUCAGAGACGUUAGAGUUGAGGACGUCACAGCUAUUAACACUGAAUCCAGCAUUAGGAUCAAAACCGCUGUUGGAAGAGGGGCUUAUGUCAAAGACAUCUAUGCAAGAAGAGUGACCUUGAAGACAAUGAAAUAUGUUUUUUGGAUGACAGGUGCUUAUGGUUCGCAUCCGAACAAUGAUUUUGAUCCAAAUGCACUUCCUGUGAUUCAAAACAUCAACUUUAAAGAGUUUGUGGCUGAGAAUGUUAUCAUUCCAGCACAAUUAGAUGGAAUUGCUAAUGACCCUUUCAAGGGAAUUUGCAUGUCUAAUGUUUCUAUCUCACUUUCUGCGAAUCCUUCGAAACUUCUGUGGAAUUGUACUGGUAUUGAGGGAAUUACGAGCAAUGUGACUCCGAAGGCAUGUGAUUUGUUACUCCAGCAGCAAAAACCAGUCGAUUGUGCUUUCCCCGAGGAUAAGUUAGCCAUUGAAGGGUUUAACUUGACGACCUGUUUUGCAGGUAUUGCCUAGGUUUGAUGUUUUAGCAUCAUAAGUAUUCACAAUAAUUUUUUCAGAUAUUAUUUUUAAAAUUUUUUUUUCAUGUAGUAACUUAGGUGAAGUACUCUGAAAUCGCAUCAUGUACUCUUACUCCAUCACUGUAAAUAAACGGAGGUUGUAUUAAUUAGUGUUGAUAGACCAAGUUUAAGGUUGAGCGAAAGUUUGAGUUUAUUGG